CGUCACUCUAAUCGCUCCCUCCUCAUCUCCAAGCUCGGCCUGGCUUGCAGCAUCAUCCUUUCCUCGACCUCCCUAUCCCUCAAUAUCUCCCAGGCACGAGGGAGUUAAUUACUGAGAGUUCUUUCGACUCUCACAGUCCACCAUGGCUUCUCUACCCCCUCCACCGCCGCCGCAAUGGGUGGUGAGAAUGAACACCCCCAUGCCACGCCCUUCCAAAGAGGCUACCAGUAUCCCUGAUCCUCCAGGCUUCUCCAGGAAAUCAACUGGCAAAAACAACCGCGCCCAGCAGUCCUCAGCCACCUCCGCCCCAUCCAAACCCGUCGAAACCGAUACCCUGAAGCUCAAGAAAGCAUGGGAAAUUGCCCUCGCUCCCUCGAAGCAGAUCCCCAUGAACGCGAUCAUGAUGUACAUGUCCGGAAACAGUCUACAGAUCUUCAGUAUUAUGAUGGUGUUCAUGCUGUUCAAGGGCCCCAUCCAGGGCCUGAUUAACACCAACACGGUGUUCGCCAAGUUCGAUACGGAGGGUACGCGCGCGAAGCUUCUCGGUGUGAAGGCGAUAUAUGUCGUUAUGCAGCUGGUGCUGUUGUGCUUGGGUAUUUGGAAGGUUAAUGCGAUGGGACUUUUGCCGACUACGAGAUCGGAUUGGUUGGCUUGGGAGUCGGAACGGCAACCGUUGGAGCGUGCUUACUUUGCUUUUGGAUGAUUGGGAUGAUCGUUCGGGAUGAGUGUAUGUUCGAUGUUGUGUUAAUUGAGAAAUAUAAAGCUAUAGUCAUCUGGAAGGGAGCUGCC